AUGGAUUCAGACCUUGUCGAUACGACUUUGGAAUUGGGGAUAAAAUGCUUCCAGUAUCAAGAAUACCAGAAGGCAAUUGGAUUGUUUGGGAAAGCAUUAAAGCUUGCUAGAUCUUAUAGCGAUGACACUUUGGAAUCAAUGCGAGAGAAUUUAGGAAUCAGGAAGAGAUGUUUGCAUGAUCCAAAUAGAACUUACCAUCCUAGAUAUCUGAUAUUAUUGGAUAAUAGAGCAGCUAGCUGGGAGCGAAUCAACAACCUUGGCAAGGCAUUGAUCGAUGCAGAUCGUAUGAUCAAGGUAGAUGCCUACAAUUUAAAAGGUUAUAUUAGGAAGGGUAAAAUAUUGCAGAAAAUGGCACAAGAUAAAGAAGCACUAUAUGUGUAUCGAGAAGGGUUAUCUAAGGCAAAAGAGGCCUACCAAUUGCAUUUUGAGAAGCCCCCAUCAAAAUUUGUAGAAAUUGUGGAACACCAAAAAAACGAGGUUAUAAAGAGAUUAAAUUUACAAAAACUAACGCCUACUACUGGGGCUUCAAAAAGAACUCAUAUUGAAGCAAUUCAACCUGAAAAGCUCAAAAAGUCUAGUCAUGCAAAUCUCUGUUCCACUAUGUCCAAGGUACGACAGAAACAUGUUAAAGUUGACUUUGUCUCGCUGUUACCAUUGGAGGUGGUUUUUUUGAUAAUGUCAAAUCUAAGUACCAAAAAUCUUGUUCGAUGCUUAUGCGUUUCGAAGUUAUGGUACCACAGAUUAAUUAUUUUACCAAAACUUUUCAUGGACUUUGAGCUCUCUUCCUGUGAUUAUAGGAAAUUACUAAAGUGCAUCAAGUUUAUGAAUGACCUGAGGGCUAGUUGCCGUGCAAUUUACUGCGGUAAGAUUAAUUUUGGAGCCUUGAAGCUUACUGAAGAAGAGAAAUCAUUUAUCUACCUGUUGUCGAAUCUUAAACUCGGUCCGCAACAAUUAAUUAUGCAGUCUAAUAAUUUUACAAUGGAAGCGAUUCUAAACUUACUCCCCAAAAACCAUAGACUUAUUCAACCUGUCAAAAGAUUGUCAAUUGCUGCACCUGUUCGUCGCCCUGAUGGUAUUGACUUCUCUAAAUUUUAUGAAAGGGCCCUCUCAUUGGUAGACCUCGAACUCCUUCUCACCUUUUUGCCUUUAGAGCGCGAAGCGUUUCGUCCUCAAUCAAUACCAUCUACAACAUCGUUAUUGAAUGUGAAAUCAUUCAAACUAUUGGCCCGGCAGCAUAAUGAUCUGCAUUCUUCCAUUUCCGAUCAAUUUCUCUUCAAUACACCGUUUACAAAGCUAACAAAAUUAUAUGUCACUGGCGUUGUUUUCAACCAAUCUACCUCCACAAGCUCGAGUUGGAUCACGACUUUACCGAACCUUCGUGAGAUAUGGAUGGAGCGUAACCUUGGAAUCCGGUUUCAGAAUGUUUUAAAAUAUAUGGUAUUAGUAGCUGGUCCAAAGAGACUGCAAAAACUCACUUUCAGAGAGUCCCCCAGCGAGUCGUCUAUAUUAGACAAUGACAUAACCCAAUGGCUAGAUAUUAAUAUUAUACAGGACCUUUUCAAAGAUUUAAUUGUCUUAGAUGUGAUGAAUACUAAGUUCGAUCCUAAAAUCUUACUAACUAUACUAACCUGUGUAAAAAAUGGUAAAUUAAAGCGAUUAAACAUAGGAAACUGUCCAUCCUUGUCUUUUUCAAGGGAUCUUGCGAUCAUUGAUGAGAUUCUUCAAAAUAUAGUCUCAGUUGAAGAACUUCAAUUGCCCAAUUUAAUGGAAUUUAACCAAUACAGUAUUAGUGUACUAAGAAAGAACAUCAAAUAUAUUAAUAGCUUGAAAAAAUUGGACCUUUCAUUCAACAACGGGUUAAAAGGUUAUGAACUAAUUGACCUGAUGAGAGAAAUUAAAGACAAAGAGCUAAUAACCUUGGAAAGUCUCGCAAUAGAUGGCUGCCCAGAUGUAUCCCCGCAAGCUGUCGGAUAUGUAGUCAAAAAUAACUAUUGCAAGAAGGUGACAUGUAUAUAUGAAAAGAAGCAGUGGGAAAUCUUUGGGGUUAAUUCAUUCUGGUACAAAUAA